UGUCACAUGACCACCACUUCAACAUGGAUACCUUCCUGAGAAAAUAACAGGGAAGAGGAGCAACUUCACGUCAAAUUCAUGUGAAAACAACCACCGCCGAUCGAAAACUGGUUGUAUUAUACCCCAGGACUUGUGUGUGUAAAGGCACACUGCGCAGGGAGGUGAUGUAUCUGCUGUGCUGCUCCAGUGCUGUAUAGCCCAUUCCCCCUGAUGCUGUCCUGCGCCACGCUGCGAAAGAUAAAUGUCAGCUGGACACCCUAUCGGGAGGGAGGGAGAGACCUCCCAGGAGAAGCUGUUUGAGUUCUUCAGGGCAUGCCUCUUGCAGGGGGAGUGGGAGCUGGCACAGGCGUGCGUGCCCCAGCUGAAGGAGUGGCAGGGUGGCCCGCAGGUGGAAGAGCUUUUGCAGGCCAUAACUGCCUGCCCUUACCAGCUGAGAUGGGAGACAGUUGGCAGCCCACAUCGCCUCGCUUGGUUGUGGCUCCUGGUGCUCGAGAAGUGGUCACAAGAACGGAUCCCAGUGAUCGCCAGAAGUGAGCUGGAGUUCUUGCUGCUUUUGGAAGAGCUUGAAGACACAGUUCCAAAAAGUGUGCUUAAGGAGCUGUACAAAGCCUUCUUACACAGUCACAGCUCUGGCCUCCCUAGAGAGAAGAAGAAGGAAAUGUCUCCCCAGAAUCUCAGCCAGGAUGUGCUCUCGUGUCUGUGGAACUUACUGGUGAAUAAGCCAAGGCUAGCCCAAGCACUCGCUGCCUGUCUGUUAGCUGAUGGCACGGAUUGUGCCAUGAUGGAAUACAGCGCUUGUCUGCAGAAAAUGUUCACAGAUUUCCUGCUGCAGGCUGUGGGCAGCCUGAGGAGCCCGGGGACAGGUGAUGGGACAGCGCAGCAGAGGCACACAGCUGAACAGAUCUAUUCGGUUCUGUCUGUGCUGCCCUACGAACCCGAGAGGCAGAGCAGGGAGCAGCAGCAGUUGUGCGAGGCCCUUUGGGAGGCCAGCUGGGGCCAGGACUCGUCCUUGCUGGAGCAGCGGGUUCUGAGCUGCCUUCUUCGGCCCCGCUGUCACGGCCUGGUCGUUCUGUACAGCUCAGUGGCCACUGUGCGUCGGAAGGGGAAGCUGCUGCAGGAUUUGCAUUCAGCCCAAGAUUCCAAAGAGCUGUAUGAAGCGGAGAAGGGGCUGCUGGGAUUGUUCUCUCACUGUGAUCGCACCUCUGCCUGGCAAACAAUUUACUUUGACUGUCACAGCAGUGGCAAACACUUUCUGGAACAGGUCUUGUUAACAGCACUAAGCUUGAUCAAGAGAGAAGACUUUUCCAGUCUAGACCAGCUCCUGAAGCAGGAGUUCCAGCCUCUUUCACGGCUCCUGCUGCUGCUAGGAUGGACACACUGUCAGAGUGUGGAGUCUGCGAAGACACUGCUGUGUAUUCUCCAUGAGAACAAGAACCUGUACUGUGAUUCCAUGCUGAAGGAGUUCGGAGAUGGGCUUUCCGUACAGCUGGGCAUUCUUGAAUGGUGCUCAGAAAACAGCAACAGCAUUCCAGGAAAAGAGACCCUUCAGCUCCUGCAUAGCCUGGACUGCCACUCCGCUCUGUUCAUCCUACAUUCCCUCACCAGCCUGCCUGCACUGCAAGAGGGCCAGGUCCUGGAUUUGCUGCAGGGCCUGGCAGAACCUCACAGUUCUGGACAGUCAGACACCCUAAGCUGUGCCAGUGUGGUUGCACGUCGAAAUGUGGUGCUAUUCCAGGGUUUCUGUGCCAUGAAGUAUGCCAUCUAUGCCCUCUGUGCCAAUGCACACAGGUACCUGUGCUGCCAGGUGUGUACAGACUGGUGUUCGGAGGUGCAGUCAGAGGAAUCUUGGCCAUGCCAGGAUCACAUCAGUGCUCAAGGAAAACCUUUGCUUUUUCAGGACUAUGUCUCUAAGUGCCAGAGCUGUCUGGAUGCUGUUCCAGACAUCUUUCGGCUGGAGCUCUUGGAGAACAUUUAUUCACUGCUGUUUUUAUGUGACGAUAACGUUGGCAUGGAAAAGAUAGAGAAGUUGUGUGACGUGCAUAAGGGGAAUCUAGGGGAGAAGAAGAUCCAGCCGACUUCACUGGGAAGGAAUGGGGAGCACAGUUCACAUCUUGCAGACAGCUUUGGGGGUGGCAGAAAUGAAGAGGAGACAGCCAGUGACUCAGCACAGCAGAGUAAAGUACAGACCCAGGGCCAGAAUUUCAGAUACUUGAAUCUAAAGCAGUUUAACACAGGGGCCAAUGGUUUUUUAGCCAAUGAAGUGACGAUGGAAAUCUUUCUGGAAAUGCUGAAGGAGAAUCUUAAGGGAAUUAAUAGCAAUAUCCUGUUGGAGGACAACAAGAUGCUGGCCAGAGAAACGGAGUUCGCUGAAUGCCUGAACUGUUCCAUCACCAUGGAAACCUUUGACUCUCGCUUCAAGAGGCUGUCCCAGCAUGUUUCCGAGGCUCAGUGGAGAUUUCAGAUUGUCACCAGCAACAAGACUCAUGAAGGGCAGGUCUGUGAUAUGCAGAAAUCGCUUGCGGUGUCUGUCAGGCAUGGCAGCAUGAAAAGGAGAGUGGCAGUUGGAAGUGCUGUUGAUACUGCCAGUCAGAGAGAGCCAGAGGAAACUGCCCUGGACACCCAUCAGAGCCUGCUGGUUCCCAUGAUGCUCUCACCACCAGACUCUCUACUGGUUUCCUGCAUCCUGAGGAGCAACUUUGCAGAGGGACACCAGGUGGCUCAGAUGUUUGGCCUGGAGUCGUCAGUGUGUUACGGGGAGCUGUUGUUCAUGGAGCGGUACCAGCAGGUUCUGGAUGAGUUGGCCCAGGUGGAGCAGAAGAUCGAGAGCCAGACAGCAGAGGGCUCAGGGCGCAGGGUCAGUAGUGGGCGUUCCACCCUGCAGGCCAUCGGCAGUGCCGCUGCAGCUGGCAUGGUGUUCUACUCCAUUUCGGAUGUGGCGGACAAGCUGCUGAGCUCCCCUGGGAAGCAGCUGCCCACCCUGCAGGAGAGCUACUGGCUGAACAACAUGGUCCUGGAAGCCAAAAGCCCCCUCAGGGGGCCGCUUGAUGAGCUGAGCUCGCCGGGCAUGGCAGCCUUUGACCUGGCUUGCACUCAGUGCCAGCUGUGGAAGACCUCCAAGCAACUCCUGGAGAUAGCAGACAGGCGGCUACACAGCAGCCUGGAGAGCAGAGGACUGAAAGCCGAUCACACUGUCACCCACCCUGAAGGGCUCAGAGGGUUCCCAGCAGUGCUGCAGCAGAUUGGUAAAAUCCUCAAUCACACACCUACUGCUAAAGGUCAGGCAAAAUUGGAGGGUAGUGAAGAGAAGACCUGGAGCCCAUUCAGCUGCAGUGCGGUGGAGGUGUUGCUGAGCUGCUACCCAUGCUUGACUGAGGAGGGCAUCACUGCGCAGCUCCUCACCACACAGCGGUUUGAGCAGGUUGUGCACACCCUGGCUGGUGCUGCUGAUGUCACAGGGGAGAUGCGGGGGACGGGGCUGCUGGGUGCUCUGGUAGAGCAGGCCAGCCUAAGGUUGGCAGAGCUGGAAGCCCACCCUGUACGCUCUCAGAUGAAACAGCUGCUCCGCUCUGUAGACCAACACUUCCAGGUCCAAGAGAGUGCUGCCCACAGCGUUGAUUAUAUCCGCACCUUCUUUGACUACGUCAACACACUGGCUGGUGUCCUGGUCCACAGCCAGAGCUCAGAGUCCGAGCUGGCCUGUGAGGUGAAGCUGGGGAAUCCCCUCCUGGUGCUGCAGCAGACCCCAUCCCAGCACCUCACUCACUUGCUGUUUGAGAGGCAGGUGCCCCCAGACAGGCUGUCCUCUUUGCUGUACCAUGAGGAGCUGAACAUCAGCGUUCAGCAGGUGAUAGUCCAGCGCUGCUGUGAGAGUCUUCCACUCUGGGAUACCCGCAGACAACGACAGGAUCCAGCUCUCCUGGAUGGCAUCACAGCACUCCUGCAGCAAUAUGCUCAGCCGCAUGUGUCCCACCUGGGCACAACAUUACCCCUGCUACCGAAACCCAGUGAGGAGAGUGAAGAGCCCAGCUCUCCACCUUUGUCUCCUGGUGGCAACUCCACACAGCUCUUUCUCACACCCUCUGCCUUGAGCUUUCUAAAGUCCUGCUCCAGCUUGCUAGCCGUCGUCGCCUGUCUGAGUACUUCUAAGGGGACCAGAGUCGCCAAGUCCGGGCUGUCCUCUUGGAGAGAGUUUCGUGGCAAGAGGGAAGCCCCACUGGACAUGGAGCAGAUUUCAAAGGAGUGCGAGCAGCUCCUGAGGGAAUUCCCUGUUCUGCAGGGGUUCCUCCAUGUCAUCUGCGAGCCGGUGGUGGGUAAUCAGUUGGAGGGCAGUGGGCUGGUAGCUGCGCUAUGUGGCAAGUCCAGCACCAGCCUGGCAUUCUCUGGCCUGCACUGUGGGUCCACGCGCAAUGUUGCCACUGAUGCCUUCCAGCAGGCACUGUCCUCCAAGGACUUUGGCAGAGCUCUGUGUGUCUUGGAGCUGUAUGGUCAGGAGCACAAGGGAGUUGGGCCAUUGAAAGACAUUGUACUGAGUUGUGCAGCAGUGGAAGAGCCUGACGGAAUAAAGCAUGUGUUCCGAGUAAAGCACCCUGAUCUGAGAGCCAGGCUGACCCUUGAGUGCUUAAAGAAGUGGCCUCUGGAAGCCAGUUUGGAAGUGCUCCUGUACUGCCUUAGUGCCACAGAGACGGCACCAGAGCUAAAGGGCAAACUGGAACUAAAGAAACAAGAGCUACAGGUCUACCAGAAGAUCCUCAGUCUGAGUGACACCCUGCCCUGGACUGAAUGGCAGGACCUGCAGAGGGAUUCCACCAGGAUUCCUGAGGUGGUGAUGUUCGUGGUCCUGAGGGCCAAUGAGUUUGAGCUCUGUGAGAAGUGGGUUGAGCUGCACCCCAUUUCUCCAGAGCUUCUCCUCAGAUUGCAGACAGACCACCUGCUUCACCUGCUCGACAGAGGCCUCACCGAAGAAGCUUUUGAGCUGCUGGAGAGCUUGUCCAGCCCUGCACUGCGUCUGCAGGUCAGUGAGCGUGCCCUGGACCAGCGGCCUGGCCUGGCCGUUUGCCACUUCCUGGCUGACUACCUCACAUCGCAGUUCCAGAGCAGCAUGACCUUAGCUCGCCAGUGUGAGAUCCAAGCCAUGCGCAUUGGUUCCAAGCUCUUGCUGUUACUGCCCGAGGUGGCUCGGCAGGAUUACUUUCACCUGCUAUGCAGCCCUCUGCUGAUGCUGGAGCAGCUGCUCAUGAACAUGAAGGUGGACUGGGCUGCUCUGGCCGUUCGCACUCUGCAGCAGCUUCUGGUCGGCCAGGAGGCCGGCUUCACUGGAGAGGACAUUGACAGCCUGCUAUCCAACUAUGCCCACAAAGCCCUGGAAUUUCCCUUCUCACUGCGGGAGAGAACCAGAUCAGACUCUGUGAUCAGUCUGCAGGACCUCCUGAAUCAGAAUCCUGGCCAAGACAGCUUUUCUUCAGCACCUGCAGGAGAGUCAGUGUCCCCUCCUAUUUCAGGCGGCACCCUGCUGCAGAAACCCUCCACUCCUCGAGACCGAGAGCGGAUGACUCAUAGGCUGAAGCCUCCCACUGAGUUCACCCCCCCUGGAAAACCCCCAGAUAAGAGGAACUGGGUCCCUGACCACAGCCAGUGUGUGUGUAUGGCAUGCAGGAAGGAGCAGUUCACCAUGUUCAACAGACGUCACCACUGCAGGCGCUGUGGUCGUCUGGUGUGUAAUUCCUGCUCUAGUAGGAAGAUGCGAGUGGAGGGGUGCAGGGAUGAGGCAGUGCGUGUCUGUGACCAGUGCUACAACUUCUUCUAUCAGCCUGCAGAGGAAGAGUCAGAACCAGAAGAAGUGUCUGGAAGCCCCUGUCCCGGGGAUGUGGGUUUUGCUAGUAUCCUGCAGCUGCCUGAGAUGCCUCUGAGGCAGCACAAGCUGGGCCUGAAUGAGGCUGAGAAUGAAAUUGAGCGCAGCGAGUUCUACUACGAGCAGGCUCCCAGCGCCUCUCUCUGCGUCGCUAUCCUGAACCUGCACAGUAACCACAUAGCCUGUGGGCACCAGCUAAUCGACCAGUGCCGUGAGUUGUCUCAGGGGCUCAAUAACCCGGAGGUAGAUGCCCGACUUCUCAUCGACAUCAUGAAGCAGCUGCUUUUCAGUGCCAAAGUCAUGUUUGUCAAAGUGGGGCAGAGUCAGGACCUGGCCCUGUGUGAUAGCUACAUCAGCAAAGUGGAUGUGCUGAAGAUCUUGGUGACUGCUAAUUACAAGUAUAUACCUUCCCUGGAUGACAUUCUACAGCCUGCAGCCGUGACUCGGCUCCGCAACCAGCUGCUGGAGGCAGAGUAUUACCAACUAGCUGUGGAAGUCUCCACCAAGAGUGCCUUGGAUCCCAGUGGAGUGUGGCACGCCUGGGGAAUGGCUACAUUGAAGGCUGGAAAUCUGACAGUCGCUCGGGAGAAAUUCAGCCGCUGUCUAAAGGCACCGCUGGAUCUCAACCAACUGACCCAGGGCUCCAGGCUGCUGCAGGACAUUGUGCAACAUCUGGAAUCCAAUGUCAAGACACCACACUCAUUGCCAGAUAAUGACAUCCUGGCCUCCCUGAGGGAGCUGGAAGAAGCCUUGACUGAGACAGCAGGCACAGAUAAACCAGAUGGGAGGAUCCAGCAGAGCAGCAGCUACCAGGAGUGCCUGUAUUACCUGCACGCUUAUGGCACUAACCUGGCCAUCACUAGCUUCUACAUGAGACACGAUUGCAUGAGGGAGGCACUACUGCACCUGCUCAACAAGGAGAGCCCAGAGGAGGUAUUCCUGGAGGGAAUUUUCAUAACCUGCUAUGAGCGUGGGAAAUUGCACCUGCUGGAAAACCUGUUGGAGUCCCUGGACUCCAGCCUGGAGAGUUGGAGCCGUUAUCUGAUUGCUGCCUGUCAGCACCUGCAGAAACGCAGCUUCUUCAAUAUCCUGUAUGAGCUGCAGCAGUUCAUGAAGGAUCAUGUGCGGGCGGCCAUGACCUGUAUACGAUUCUUCACGCACAAGGCCGAGUCUUAUGUGGAUCUGGGGGAGAAGCAGAAAUGGCUGAUCAAAGCCAAAGACCAUCUAAAAACCUACCUGCAGGAGCACCAGGGCCGCAGCUCUGCACGUAGGAAGUCACCCAGCACCUUCAGGAAGAAAAUGUCUUCCACUGACAUGUCUAGACACAUCAACACCAUUGAACUGCAGAUUGAGGUGACCAAGUUUCUCCAACGCUGUGAGAGUUCUGGCACCUCACGCAUCACUAGCUUGCCUCCAGCUACACUGUUUGGAAACAGCCUCAUGAAGGAGGACGUGGCCUGCAAGGUCAUGCUUGGAGGGAAGAAUAUUGAAGAAGGAUUUGGAGUCGCUUUCAGAGUCAUACAGGACUUCCAGCUGGAGGCAGGUACAGUGUACACCAAGGCGGCCAAGCGGCUGGUGAAGCAGCGCCAGUACAAAGAGAUCCGCCAGCUGCUCAAGUGUGUGAGCGAGUCCGGAGCCGCUACCAAGAACGACUGCGAUGACAUCAUCCUCAGUUGUGUGGUCGCGGCCGACAAGGGGCCUGCAAAUGCAAAGGAACUGGAAAGUUUGAUAUUGGAAAUGAAGAACACUGACAGUAAGAUCAAGGCCUACCUGCUGUGCAGUAAGCUGCGCCCGGCCUACCUGCUGGCGGUGAAGUUGGAGCUGCCCCAGGCCACGCAGCUGGUGCAGGAGGUCCUCCAGGCAGCCGAGAGCGACAGGGACACCAUGAUGCAGACUAUCUGCCAGCAGUGGUUAUCUGAACACCAGGGCAAAGCAGCAGUGCGUGAGAGCCGAGCUGGCACACAUAGAUAACGCUGUGCCCAAAACUGCACGCCCCGAGACCGUAACAAGAUCACAGUCCCACUGCCUGUUUCCACAGAGGCCAAGCUGCCCCUCUUUCUGUUCACACAAAUAUAACGACAGUAUGGCUGGUUUUAUUUCUGAAAUACACCUUUAUACUGACACGUAAUACUGCCAGUUUAAUUCUAGAAACCCUGAACGUGGCUACUUCUCUGGGAAAGAGGCUCUUAUUAUUGUACAGCAUUUCCUGCCUCACUGAAAGGGAUUCUGUUUCACUCUCAGAACCUAUAAUUACAGAGUACUAAAGAUUGAUUAAACUUAGGGGAUGUGAUUUUUCCCAACGGCCUAAUUAAUAUAAUUAUUCAUUAUGCCUUUGGAUUAGCUGCAAUUAAUCUAGUAGCUAAAUCAGAAAGAAAAUAAAUGGCUGACGGUGUCUUCUUUCAAGUGCAGACAAAAGCCGUAAUUUAAUGAAACAGAAAAUAUACGAGAGCCUUUUAUAUUUGGUUCUGUGCUUUUUUGUUUCUCCAAAUCCUAAUUGUUUCACAUGCCUUUACGUCAAUAAAUGGCAUUGUUUAAUUUUCUUCAUUUAUUAAUAGAAACAGACAUCAUUUAAUUCCAAAACUUGUGUGGCUUUUGUGGUCAGUCCCAGAGUGUAGUUACACUGUCCUUUUUCCUGUCUGAGAAGAAAUAUAGCAUUAAAAAUGUAAUAAAAUCUUUGGAUAAAUUGAUUAGGAAUUUGAGUAAAAAGGUGAAUUUUGAGCGGCAUGUUGGUUGGUUGUAUUAGGUAGUGCUGCUUGGUCUUGGAUUGGUGUUUCUAAAUUGUCCCUCUGUGUGUAUGCACCCUGCCAUAGACAGACACCCCAUUAAGGUGUUUAUUUGCAUUUUUUGCUUUGUUAAAUCCCAAAUUAAUUUUAUUUUAAUUAAAAUUUUCUACUAAUUUUCUCUGUUAGUAGAGUAAUGGAAGGUAUGACAAAUUGAGCUUUUGUAACUGAUUUGUAAAUUUUGUUCUUACAUAUUUUUCCUGCCUGAACUAAACUUGUAAUUACAGUGGCCAGUAGUAUUCUCAGCUAAAAGGCAACAUUUCUUUCCCUUUUAUGCUCAGUAUCUCAACUCACCCAUGCAUAAAAGAAUUCAGAGACUCUUGACUGGGAUUAUCCUGUGCUGACUAUGUCGUGUACCUGACAUUGAGACACAUUGGAGCACAAGACCAGAAUAAGAACGUCAGCUUUGAGUGACCCUGCAUUCCCCUUUGUGAAAUAUUUGAUUCAUAGGUGGGAGGCAUUACAGAAUUAGGUAGCAGAAGCAUCUCUCUCAAGGGAAUGUAUUAAUAUCUUGUUUGCAUUGAGAAAGUAGAAACAUUUUGUAACCAUAAAAAAUAAGGAAAAUUAAUGGUUUGUAUUUUGGUUUGUAUUUUAUAUAUGAAAUGUACUAACACAGAGACUGUUGAACUAAGUAAACAUGCAAUUCUUUUUACAUGA